AUGGACAUAACGCAACUGACUGAAACCGUGGCAAGUGCGGUUCGAGAACUCAAGCACCUGUUCUUUACCGAGGAAGCCUUUUGGGUUAAGUCGUCUAUGGAUGGAACAUAUGUUAUUGAUCAAGAGAGCUAUGAGAAGUUCUUGCAUGCGAUCAAAAAUUUCAGGAGCUUGAGUGCUCGCAUUGUGUUUUCCAAAAAUGCCACUGUGGUUCCUAUAGAAGCAACAAAUUUGAUCGAAAUGUUCUUAGAUUCGGAGAAAUGGAAAAAUCUCUUUCCAUCUAUCGUGAACAAAGCCACGACGAUUCAGAUGCUUGGAUCCGAGCUUCCCAUAAUAGAAAACUGCGAUGUCUUGCAAGUGAUUUUCAAUUCGAGUUUAGGCUAUGGUGCUAAGCAUUGGAUCGUCACGCUAGAGUGGAUGGAUCUCCCCUCCAUCUUAACCAUUCCCGCUACUGACUGGAGCGAAGGUACGUAUCAUCUAUCUAGUGAACUCAACCGUCUCACCAUCCUCCGGCCUAAGCAAACAGAGAACAGUUGCAUAUCUAUGGCACAAUACUCACUCAAGGACGACAUAGUGAUGCUACAAGACUGUUUCAUAGAUGCACAAGGAGGCGUGAUAGCGUACGCUCCUCUCAACGUGACUGCAAUGAAUAUCGCUGCCUCCGGCAGAGUUGACCCUGCCAGAAUUCCAAUCCUUCCAUCUGGUUUCUCAAUCUCAAGCGACGGUCAGCGAUCCAUGUAG